AUGGUUCAGCAGCCCGGCAAGACCGGCCAAGCUGAGCAGCACUCGGCGAAUGGGCUGGUGCACGCGGGUCGUUCCUUGGAGCUCACAGGCCUGGAACGGUUGACAGGGGGCCUGCCGGCUGCCAUGAGCGCUGCUUUGUACCCCAAAGGCUCCCUUCUGGACCUCUCCUGGACGGUCUUCCUGGUGGGCGUCUGGUACUUUAGCAACUUCCAGUUCGGCUUUGGGCUCAAGCGCACCAGCAACCGGUUCCAGAACCUGGAGCUGUGCGUGUUCCUGCUCUGGGUGCUGUUCACCGUGGGGUGGGCGGUGUCAUGGGCUGUCCGCCUCGCCUACACUCAUGUCUUCACCAAAAAGGCAGAGUGUGACGGCAUGGGCAGCCCUCGACGAGAUGAGGAGGCCGCCAUCAAGCACCACAACGACCACCAGCUGGAUGCGGAGCAAGCUGCGGUGGCUAGCAACCAUCUGACGACAGUAGCCGUGCACACCCUGGGCAUGAGCUUUACCUGCCUGGCGUUCAUCGCCGGCAGCGUGCCGGUCGUCCAGGUGUUCAAGAGCCUGGCGCCCAUUUUCACAACAAUCUUCUCCAUGUGCUACCUGAGCGCCGUAUUCCCCUACUCGGCAGUGGCUGCGGUGAUGCUGCUUGUCGGUAGUGCAACCCUGUCCAGCUGGAACACGCCUGGAUUCAACUUGACAGCCGUGCUGAUGUGCAUGGUGACCAACCUGUCGCUGCCACUACGGAACGUCAUGGUCAAACAGCACACUGUGCUGCGGCAGACCCAACUGGCAGCGGUGGGCAAGGCGGGGCCCAACUCGGUGCGCCUGGCGCUGGACACAGCGGUGGACCUCAACUUUGGGGGCAUGGUCAUCCUGACCCCACUCUGCCUCAUCUUCAUGAGCUCGCUGGAGGUGCCGGCCGAGGACGUCGCCAUCGCGCUGCGGUUGGGCAUGCACCGCAUCAUUUAUGAGAUUGCCUCGCUGAUGGUGCUGACCCGCAUAGAUGCCGUCAUGCACGGCUCGCUGGACGUGCUCAAGCGCGCGGCAAUGACGCGACUUUUACUGCUGGGAGUGUACAGAUUGGGGUUCAGGGCACCCCGUGGAUGCCAACGGGCGCCCGACGUGCAGGCACUAGACCGGCAGCAUCUUGGGCCACCCCCCUGGCAGACGACGCGCGACUGCAAAGUCUACAUUUUGGACGUUUCGGAGACAGUAGCGCCUGCCGCAGGCCUGCCGCAGUGCGAUAUCAACGACCCAAAGGUUUGGCCUCUUGCCGAGCCGGGGGAGCUGCCCUGGGACCUGCAGCGCAUGGAGUCGAUGCCGCACAUGAACUAUGUGCAUGCUGGGCAGUACUGGCUGACCCAGGCACUGCGCAAUGCCAGCGGCGUCCUCACUGACAAUAUCGAUGAAGCGUGCCUAGUUUGGGUGGACAUGUACUGCUACAACCAGGCAAUGGUUCCUGGUGUAUCGGGCCAUCACGAGACGUAA